GUAAAUAAAUACCAAUAUGACGUGAAUAAUAAAAAAAUUAACGUAAUACAGAAUUAUGUGAAUUAGGUGUUGGUGGCAAGCAACCAACAAUGUUCUUUACUAUAAUCAUAACUUUGACACGUGAGAAACGUUGAACGGAUUAGUUUUCUUGAAGCUUUGUUAAUUAAUCAAUCAAAUCUAAUUUUCUCCCUCCAGCUUCCUAAACAAGGCGGCAAUCAUAGAGCAAGAACACGUGGAGCUGAACCAGCAAGGCCAGCCAUCGGACCCGUGGAGCCUAGUCAGCAUCCAAGAAGUGGAAGAAGUCAAAUGCCUGCUCAAAAUCAUCCCCGUAUGGUCGGCCGGAAUCAUAAGCCUGACGGCGAUCUCCCAACAGGGCACCUUCACCGUCUCCCAGGCACAAAUCAUGGACCGCCACCUGGGCCCCAAGUUCCAGAUCCCGCCCGGCUCGAUGUUCGUCAUCUCCCUCCUCGUCAUCGGCGCGUGGCUCCCACUCUACGACCGCGUCCUCGUCCCGGCCAUGACCAGGAUCACGAAGAUCGAGGGUGGGAUCACGCUCCUCCAGCGCAUCGGGAUCGGGAUGGUGUUCUCCGUCCUGUCCAUGGUGGCGGCGGGGAUUGUCGAGAGGGACAGGCGGGAAUUCGUCCACGCGCACCCGGACGCGCCGGCGAUGUCGGUGAUGUGGCUGGCGCCGCAGCUGGCGCUGAUGGGGAUGUGCGAGGCGUUCAACUUCCUGGGGCAGAUCGAGUUCUACAACAAGGAGUUCCCCGAGCACAUGAGGAGCAUCGCCAACUCGCUCUUCUCGGUGUCGUUCGCCACGGCGAGCUAUUUCAGCAGCGUGCUGAUCGCGGUGGUGAGGAAGGCGACCGGCGGCGGCGGCGGCCGGAGGCGGGCGGAUUGGUUGGCGAAUGAUUUGAAUGAAGGGAGGUUGGAUCUGUUCUACUUUCUGUUGGCAGGGAUGGGGUUCGUGAACUGCUUCUACUUUCUUUACCUUGCGAGUGGGUAUCGGUACAAGACCAAGAUGAAGAUCGGCGAGGUGGCGGUGGACGAUGGGAAGUUGGCGGAGAUUGAUGAUGUGGAGAUGAAUUCGGUUAAAGUGGCGAGUUGAUCAGUUGAUUAGGUGAAGUGGGCAGGGUUUAAUUUGUUGUACUUUUUUAUAUAUAUUGGGUGUGGGUUUCGGUAUCUCAUAUGUGUUAGUUCGUAGAGAAUAUAUAUGUCCCCCGCGUGGAGAAAACAUAUGUAAUUUACUAAAAGUACUUGAUAUUAUGGUAUGUCAAUAACACAAGAUGUUAACGUUUAUAUAAUCAACAAUCAAAAGUUCAGAAAAGGAAGAACAAAGAGUCAGGGGAACUUCUGGGUUUGCAGGACAAAUUCAAUGACAGGAUUUUGCAGGAGCUGGUAUUCUACCUAAGCCUGAAACUAAGAGUGUACCUGAAGGCAAUAAUGGGUAUACAAAUAUCAGGCUCUCUAUUGAUGAUCUGAGUCGACUACAGAGGCUGCUUAAUCAUUAUAGUCUUCCAGCAUCUCCAACUUCACCUAUUGCUCCUGGAGGAUUAAACCUGGCUUCAGUGA